AUGGCGCGACCGUGUAACCCCGACUAUGUCAACGCCGAGUGGUCCUUCUACCGAUUCGAGCCGUCGACGGCAGCGGCGAUUUUCUUCUGCAUCAUCUACAUACUCACUACCGGGAUUCACGCCGUCCAGAUGGUCAGGACCAAGACGUGGUAUAUGACGGCGUUUGUCAUUGGUGGCGUGUGCGAGUUCGUCGGAUACGCCAGCCGGGCGAAGAACACCAUGGAGGACCCCGGAUGCUGGACCCUCCUCCCGUACAUCAUUCAGAAUGUCCUGCUUCUCAUCGCCCCGGCGCUGAUGGCCGCCUCCAUCUACAUGAUCCUCGGCCGCAUCAUCGAGCUGACGGAUGGAGAGAGCCACGCUUUGAUCAAGAGACGCUGGCUGACAAAGGUCUUUGUUGCCGGUGACGUCUUGUCUCUGUUGUUGCAAUCGAGCGGUGGCGGCAUGAUGGCAGCCGCCGGCGAAGGCAACAACAUGAUGGAGAUUGGCGAGAACGUUAUCAUCGUCGGCCUCUUCGUACAGCUCACCGUUUUCGGAUUCUUCAUCGUGACGGCGGCGCUCUUCCACCGGCGCAUGACGCUGGUGCCGACGGCCAAGUCCCACCAGCCGGAUAUCCGAUGGCGCUACUACCUCCUGACGCUCUACGUUACCAGCGUCCUGAUCUGGGUCCGGAGCGUCUUCCGCGUCAUCGAGUACCUCGAGGGCAACAAGGGCCACCUCAUGACCAACGAGGCGUACGUGUACGUCUUUGACGCGACGCUCAUGUUCCUCGUCAUGGUGUGGAUGAACUGGUUCCACCCGAGCGAGAUCGGCCUGCUGCUGCGCGGCGAGCGGCCCAUCAAGAACGGCCUCGAGCUUGUCAUGAUUGGGAGGAAGUUUGGAAAGGUGCAGAACGAGAGCAGCAGCAUGAGUGCGUAG